AUGGAAUUAAUUCACACAUUUCUAAACUUAGUUGCACCUCCAUUUACCUUCUUCACCCUUUUGCUUUUCUUGCCACCAUUUCAAAUUUUUAAGUUCUUUCUCUCAAUCUUGGGCUCCGUUUUCGCUGAGGAUGUUGCAGGGAAGGUUGUUAUCGUCACCGGUGCCUCCUCUGGCAUCGGCGAGCAUCUUGCAUACGAGUAUGCUAAAAGAGGAGCGCGAUUAGUUCUUGCUGCAAGAAGGGAGAGGAGUCUUACAGUACUUAUAAUUGAAAAGAACAAAUACAAUAAUUUCGUGCUAUUAAUGCGGGGUUUUUUUUUCAUGGUUUAUGCAGUGGAUCAUUUGGUUAAUAAUGCUGGACUCAUGUCAGUUUCUAUGCUGGAAGAGGCUGAAAAUGUCACUGAGUUCAGAGCAAUAAUGGAUAUCAACUUCUGGGGUUACGCCUACAUGACCAAAUUUGCAGCUCCUUACCUCAGAAACAGCCAGGGUCGAAUUGUUGUACUUUCUUCAUCUGCAUCUUGGUUGCCAGGACCAAGAAUGAGUUUCUACAAUGCAAGCAAAGCAGCAGUUGCACAGUUUUUCGAGACACUGAGGAUCGAGUUCGGGCCCGAUAUUGGGAUUACUCUUGUCACGCCUGGGUUCAUAGAGUCCGAACUUACACAAGGCAAAUUCGUAAGUAAAGCUGGAAAACUUGAAGUUGAUCAGGAUAUGAGAGAUGUUCAAGUGAAUAUAAACCCUAUCCAGAGAGUCGAGAGCUGUGCGAAGGCGAUCGUUAACAGUGCUUGCCGAGGCGAAAGAUACCUGACUGUGCCAGCAUGGUUUAGGGUCACUUUCUUUUGGAAGACAUUCUGCCCGGAGGUCCUAGAAUGGUUCUACAGAUUUUUAUAUAUCACCAGCCCUGGGGACUCACCGAAAGAGGCACUUGGCAAAAAGCUAAUCGAUUUCACAGGAGCAAAGGCGGUUCUCUAUCCUGAAACAGUCCAAACACCAGAAACAAAGAAGGAUUAA